AAAUUAGCCUUGUUUGAAAUUUUCCUCGUAGCAAAGAAGGGUUGUUUUCAAGGAUUCUCUGUUCUUCUUCCCUGUUGUAAUCUCAUCGAAGGAUCAAUCUUUGUCGGAGAGAUCGGGUUUGCUCGUAGAUGGCAGGCCAACUUACAAGAUCUAGAAGACUUGAAACUCAGCAGCAGGAACAAUCAAGGGCUAGGUGGACGAUGUCGCUCACUAAGAUUCUUGUGGAAUUGAUGGUUGACCAAGUACAUAAAGGGAAUAAACAUAACAAUUUAUUUAAUAAGAAAGCAUGGAAAUAUAUUUGUGAUGAAUUUUACAACAAAACAGGUCUGAAAUGGGACAAGGAACAACUCAAAAACCGAUAUUCAGUCUUGAGAAGGCAGUAUGCUACUGUGAAGUCCAUUCUUGAUCAGAGUGAAUUUGGUUGGGAUGAAGCCACCGGAUCCAUUACAGCUAAUGAUGAAAUUUGGGCUGAAUACAUCAAGAAACAUCCUGAUGCUGAGACUGUCAAAACUGGUGGCUGCCCAAUCUUUAAGGAACUAUGCACAAUAUUCUCUGAGCCAGCAACCAAUGGCAAGCAUGAAUAUUUAGCUGCAUCUGAGGGUGAAGAUACUUCUAGAAUUCCUUGUCCAGAGCCCUUGAGCACACACCACGAAGAGUCAUCAUCUGGAUCCCAGGAUAAUGAAGAUGCUAAUGACCCUCAGACAGUUCAACCUACUACACCAACUGCAACUUCUCGCAAAAGAGGUCGCAAAGGAAUUGAUGAUGCUAUUGCAGAAGCCAUAUUUGAGAUGGCAUCUGCAUCAAAGAUGAGGGCAGCUGCCAUAGAGCAACAUAGUGCUAGAUAUAGUAUAGCUGAAUGUAUUAGGGACUUGGAUUUGAUGCAAGGUGUUGAUCAACAACUAUAUUUUGCUGCUCUAGAUCUGUUUAACAAACCUAAUGCAAGGGAGAUAUUUUUGUCUCUCAAAAAGGAUAAACGUUUAACUUGGUUGCGUGGCAAGUGUGCUGUUGCAUCUAAUCGUAUAGAAUGAAAA